GGAGGGCGGGCAGAGGGGGCCAAGCAGCCGAACAGUGCUCUGGAAGAAGACGAGCGGAGGAGAAAGGGAAAGAGCGAUGGAGAAAGCAGUUGCUGCGCGGAGCUAGAGUGUCCGUAUCAGUAGACCGGACCAGACCAGUCCAGUGCAGCCCGGCUCCAGUCAAGACACCAUCUAAGGCACAAAAGAGACGAGAACGCACAAUCAGUUCUCCUUUCUCGCAUCUCAUCUGCAGCGGAAGCCGAACAAGUACAGGACCCGAGUCUCUUGCGAAUCCUUUGGCAGAUCGUUCACCACAUCUCUCUUAUAUUUGCCGUUGCUGCCGCGCUGCAACUGAAAUACUACUAUCUACUAUCUACAACGACCACACUGCUUCCUCUUCUUCUGCUACUGGUUCUAGCCUUCUCUUCUCCUCUCUCCUCUCGGGCGACACGACACAAGUACAAACGGGGCUGGACUCCUCACAAACUCCCAACACCAACACCAACGCACAGAAACAUCAGACAGACCCCACUCAAGCACGCAACGCCACGCAACGCGCGCACUUGCACAGAGGGAGGAAGGUCUGAGCCCAGACAAACAGCGGACAGACAGACACACAAUCGAAAGAGAUUGAGCCAUGGGGAGAGCGCCUUGCUGCGAUAAGCAGGGGUUGAAGAAAGGGCCUUGGACGCCGGACGAGGAUCAGAAGCUGGUCGCUUACAUCCAGCGCCAUGGGCAUGGGAGCUGGCGGGCACUUCCAAAACAUGCGGGGCUUUUGCGUUGUGGGAAGAGCUGUCGCUUGAGGUGGACGAACUAUCUGAGGCCCGAUAUUAAGAGAGGGCGUUUCUCUCUCGACGAAGAACAGCUCAUCAUUCACCUGCACGCAAUUCUCGGCAAUCGAUGGUCUGCGAUUGCCGCUCACCUGGCCGGUCGCACGGACAACGAGAUCAAAAACUACUGGAACACGCACCUGAAGAAGCGACUGCUGCAUAUGGGCAUCGACCCUGUCACUCACAAAGCCACGCAGUCACCACCGCUCUUGUGCUCCAAGUUGAGUCAUCUGGCGCAGUGGGACAGUGCGCGCUUGGAGGCCGAAGCCCGGCUGGCGCGCCGCACCUCGCCGGACAGUUUUUUGCGCUCGUGGAAAGCGCAAGCCAGCGGGCCCUUGCGCAGCGAUCUGCCCUCGGUGCAGCUGCCAUCGUUCGUGCAGCACUGGGAGCCAUCGAUGCAGUCGCAACUGACCUCGAACGAGUUCAGCAGAAGCUCCACAGCCACGUCGUCUCCCACGGCCUCGUCGUUGGACUUCGAUUCAGCGGGCGCGGCGCUUCUGCUCAAUCACUUAUCGUCCAUGUCGGGGGCGAACACCACACAAAUAAAUCACAUGGAAACCUUGAUGUCGCCCACAUCCACUCUGCGUCCGUUCGACGGGCAAGACAGCUCUUACAGCUCGCCGGACAGCAUGGUAAACGGAGAAGCGCUGCUGCAAUGCGAGAGGCUCAUCCAAAACAGCAGCAGCACGGCGGUGACGUCGUUCCCGAGCCUCAUGUCGGAGAGCUCCAUGUUUCCGAGCAAUGGAGGGUUCGUGGACGAGGGCGUGAACCCGCCCACGUCCUUGUGGCAGCAACCGCUGGUGCAACUGGACUCGGCAAUUCCGUCGGUGAGCGACGGGCGCAGCUGCAGCGUUCUGAGCGAGGACGAGAGCAGCAGCAGCUACGGCUCGCUGCUGCCGCCGGAAAUGCUGCUGGAUCUGGUCGACAGUGCCAUGGCGUCGAACAAAUCUGAACCCUCGGUAGGCAGCUGGCCCGAUGUGGGCCAAAUGGCCAGCAAAGAUUACUGGAGUAAUAUGCUGAAGCUCGUAGGGCCGCCGUGCCAGGAGAUGCCCGUGGCCGUCAUGGAGCGCUGAACGCCCGGUCGGACUUCUGAGCUGGGCAUCGGCUACGACUCCAUGGGACGUUAAGAACCCAUUCGGCUUCACACAUACAGCGUAGAGUAGUAUUGGGGAGAUCGCGAAAGAGGUGCCCAGGCCAGAAGUUGUCGAGGAUGACGAUCACCAUCGUAGCUAGUUCGUUAAUGUUAGGAUCUGGUAGUUUCUAUUUGCUACUUAGGUCUCGCGCUGGCACGCGACCUACGAGUCAUACUUAGAAAACUCAUUUUCAGAUGUCAUAGUAGCUCGACCCGAUUUGUGGGCGCGCAGCGCAGUCUACAGUGCACAAUCCGCGCUAAGUCCGGAAUCCGCGAGCACUGCCUGCCGCUGCUCUUCUUUCAACUUUCGUCUGCGGCAGGCCUUAUUGUACAGCGCAAGGUCCAGUGCAGCUUCUUUCGAGCGCCCCCGUGCUGGCGGGGUCCCGACAUUCGCCGAAGGGAGUUUGCAGAGGGCCGGAGGACCGCGGAACACUGCGACGAGAAGAUCACUUUUUUGUACAGUGAUAUGCAGCAGCAGCAGCAGCAGCAGUCGUACCCACAAUUUUAACUUGCUGGACUUCUACUAGGGGAUGUUGUUUCGGGGUGGGCUGUUGCCUGACGAUGGCCGUGCAGUAUUGACAUCCGAUUGCUGAAUAAACGGGAGCGGACAUGGUCGGGGGAUCGCGCCCCGACCGACCUCUGGGCGGGUGGCAGGGCUUUGAGAUCCGCGUAGCGGCGUGAUCUCAAGCCACUCGGACCAGCAUGUUCGCUGCGAGUAUAGAGAUGGGUACAAAGUCACAUCGGGGAACUAGAGUUUUUGGGGAAAAGUGCUCGGCCGAAUCCUUGAUCAGGACGCCUCCGUUCGUCCUCCGCAGACUGCUGGCUUCCUCAACUUCGAACUUCGAAAGGCCAUGCGUUUCCAUCAUGCAGUCCCCUUAUCCCCUCAAAUCAUAUUUCGGAAGACUAGACUUCAAAUCAAGAAUCCACUAGUGUACGAGCUUUGUUGACAUUGCCAUCUAUAUCUAGAUUUGUCCACAGAUGGCGUAAGCUCAUCUGGCAUUAUCAUUAUUGUUAUACGAUUAAAGUGUUGUGAGCACUGCUCCAGAAAUUUAUCCGGA